CUGAAUGUAUUGUCAUAUAUUCUUGAAGCGUAUUUGCUUAACCUCAAAAUAUUUCCGAUUUCAUAGAUUGACUUUUUCUCCGUAAGAAGGUUUCUUAGAGAAUUGGGCCAGUGUUUUUUUCACCCAACAUCGCUUAUUCACCAACACUAACGUUCAGAGUAUUUGGGGGAUCAAAAUACUGUUCAGAAAACAGUUUUAAAUUUCGUACACGUUUAAGGGUUGGAAAUGCUUUUACAAGCAUCCCAAUUUUCGUUUGUGUUGUCUGCUUGGAGACUGUGGUUUGGCCAUUGUUCCUUAUCCACAUUCACUGAAGGUGUUGAUCACAACUGAAGACAGGGGCCAGACCGUCAGGUCCUUUUAUGCCCAGGAGCCCUUGGCAGCCAUGUCAGGGAGUUCCUGCUCAAACCAGGCUUGCUUAGCCUAGGAUAGCAGUAGAUUCUGAGAUGCACCCAUCUCAGAAUGGUCCACACGUGGCCACAGUCAUUCCUCCCGCAUAAUGGACUUGGGCUCAGGAGGUCAAGCUCUUUUCAAGGAGCAUGAGCUGAAAUUGCUAACCUUUGGGAGUUUUCAGUGACACCUUUGGAAAUGCUCACGGUGUGGCGUGGAUCAGCUGAGGAGGGCUGAUGUGCCCUGUGGCCCAUCUAUCUGUGUAACUUUGAGGUAGGCCACAGGGGCCACUUAGGCCGGCAGACGCCCACUGUGAUUGGUUGACAUGAUGCCAAGCGACAGGGUCAUCCGAUCACCUUCAAGGCAGUGACGUUUGCUGACAGGCUCCCUGGGUAACACUUCAUCCAACCAGAUGUCGAGUUGGCCUGUGACGUAGAACCACGCGGCCACUCCAAAGUGCCCCGCCCCCAACCUUCCCGGGUGCCCAACCGUCACCGUCUGUUCUUGCCAUCUAAUGGCCGCUGCCUCCGCCAUGGCUGAGCCUUCCUCUAAGCCAACCUCUGAGGACGACCAGAGCACCCAGGAACCCAAAGAGGCCAGCUCCUCGACGGCCCAGAAGCAGGAGAAGCGAGGGCGCCGAGGGUCCCGCAGCCGCCACGCCAACCGCGGCAGGGACAGCUUCCAGGACAGCUUCGUCACCUAUUUCCCCUCGGCGCUGAAACAGGUUCACCAGGGUCUCAGCCUUUCCCAGGAGGCCCUGAGUGUCAUGGAUUCUAUGAUUCAUGACAUAUUGGACCGCAUCGCCACCGAGGCUGGUCAACUGGCUCGCUAUGCCAAGCGUGUGACCAUCACCCCCCGGGACAUCCAGAUCGCCGUGCGCCUGCUGCUGCCGGGGAAGAUGGGCAAGUUCGCGGAGUUCCAGGGCACGAGUGCCGUCCUCAGAACUUCAUUAUGUGCGCUAUGGAAACAGAGAAAGUGAAUACGCUGAUAGAAGAAGCAAGAACCCUUCCUUACUUCCAGGUAUGCAUCCGUAGGAUUUGGGAGGAUCCACGCAAACAGCUCACGGUCUACUGGUACCGCGGCGAAGCAAAAGAGUGACCUGCAGCCUAUGAGCAACAGUCAUUGUCCCAAUGUGGGGAGUGACCCAGGCUGAACCCACAGCAGCCCUCCUGUGGUAUUCAGCCUGGUGGUUCAAGGGACAGGGGUGUGAUUCUUCACCUGAUGGUUUUGUUUUCGGUGUUUGUAAUCACGGUCACUUUAGGAUAUGAAUACAAAGCUAAAAUUAGUGUAUGUUCCUUGCCCCUAGCAUCAAGUUAUGCAGAGCAUUGUCAACCAUUAGGAGAAGUAAGAUAAUGCUUAUUUCCUCAAGAGAGUUACAUAUUAAUAUUCAUAUUAAUGUUAACAUAGGCUGCCUUUAAUGGUGCUUUCUUCUGGCUCUCAAGUGUGUACAUUGUUAGCGUUUUUUUCUGUAAGCAUAUUGCUGAAUUUCAGAGCAGCUGGUGACUUUCCCCUUGCUUUUCCCUUAAAUCCAUUUCUAGCCUCCCGAGUAUGUGGACAGGAGAACAUCCUCUGGGAUUGCAACCCAUAGGAAUUUAUUACGUGGUGCCUUGAAGCUCAAUACAUGGCCAUUUUUGUUAAGUGUUUCCCGUGCAUUUGCAAACAUCUCAUAAACAACCCUUCUCCUUCAUAUGUAGAAACCAGUAAAGGAUGGCACUCUCAGUCAAAGCACGACACAAAAGCUGGAUAAAUGACAAAAAUCAAAAUUUUCUUGGGCCCCUCAGAAGCGGGAAAGUACCACCCCAGAGGGACCUAACACGUAGCCACGUGGAUUAUUCCACUUUGACAGGCGGCCGCUUGGCCAAGAGGGAAAUGGGGGCAGGGCAGGAUAGUAGCCACAGCUUCCCUGAGUAGUGCAGAUGGGAAGCCGGGAAGCUUCACCCUCAGAGCUCCACCCGGGAACCAUAGAGAAAGGAUGUAGAACCAAGAAGUCCCCUCAUCGGGAUUUGUUACUUUCUCUGUUUCCAGAAUAUUAGAAAAAUGUUAUGAAAAUAGUUGAAGAGAAAUACUGCACAAGGAGACCAAGAAAAACCCUGACAAAAUCAGCCACGACUGAUCGCUCUGGAUGGUGCCGUCAAAUGGUCCUACAUGUCCAGAAUAACAUCCUGAAAACCAAAGACGCUUUGGAGAAACCUGUUCCCUUUCAGAGACAGAGCUAUGCGCCUGCUCCAAAACACCACAUCUCACUCCGUGGCUUAAUUCUCUUUAUGUGAAUUGUUUUGCUGUCAAGUGCCAAUAUUUCUGUGAAUUUAGACAUACUAAUAAAUUUCCAACGUUA